CCCUGGGUAUAUAAAAGUGCAGUCAUGUUCUACCUCGCUUCUUCAUUGACUCGUUUAUAUCGAUUCAUGCCUGCUACUGAACGCAUAUUACAUAUUCACAACAUGGUUUCUCCUCAAAAAGCUCAUUCCACUAUCGCCUUCAUUGGAGGAGGUAACAUGGCCGAAGCCAUUAUCGGUGGACUUGUCUCCAGCGGUCACCCUUCGUCAAGCAUCAGUUUUUCUGACCUGGCCCAAGAACGACGAGACUACAUGAAGACAAAGUACCCAAGCAUCAAAUCAUCCGCAGACAAUCUUGAUGUUGUUGCUGAUGCCGAAGUAGUCAUCCUAGCUGUCAAACCCCAGGUAUUGCAUAACGUUAUCAGUGGCAUUGCUCCAGCGCUCCUGGCCAAAAAGCCCCUCGUCAUUUCAAUUGUUGCUGGAAUCGCAGCGGCUUCCAUCAACCGAUGGAUUGGUGGUGGUGAAAGUGCCAUUGUUCGAUGCAUGCCUAACACCCCUGCUCUCGUGGGCGAAGGUGCAGCUGGCCUGUACGCAACCCCAGCAGUAAACGAAGCUCAGAUGGGUUUGGCUGAGAAGAUCGUCAACGCUAUCUCCAAGCAGACCAUCUGGGUCGACUCUGAGAGCCAGAUUGACACUGUCACUGCUAUUAGUGGAUCUGGACCAGCAUACUUUUUCCUUAUUAUGGAAGCGAUGGAAAAUGCUGGUGUUGAGGCUGGAUUGUCAAAAGAAGACGCAAAGGCUUUGACCAUUCAGACUUGUUUGGGAGCUGCCAAAAUUGCUCAAAACUCGGACGAAGAGCUCGCUACGCUUCGUCGUAAGGUUACCAGCCCCAAGGGAACAACUGAGGCUGCUAUCAACGCCAUGGAGGAUGGAAAAAUCCGUAAUGUUAUGGCCAGUGCUGUUCAAGCUGCACAGAAGCGUAGUCAUGAACUGGCUGAGAUUUUCGGUGAACAAUAGAAACAAUACUCCCACAAAAACAUCCUUACAGAUACAUUCUCUUCGAUUUUUGUUUGUAAUUCUUUCGCACAUUGACUUUGUACUAUACGCUCGAACUCAUCUCCCUUUUCCUCGCUUUAAAUAUUCCCAUUGUUAUCCCGUUAAAGAAAAUACAGCGGCAUCAAACGUGUCCCAGCAAACCAUCAUUGCUUCAAUACCAUAAAAUUGUAACAAU